AUGCCUCUUAAGAUGCCUCCUAAGAAUAGAAAGUAUGAAUGUGGAAAUGAUAAGCGUAAGAAAAAGAGAAAAGUAGAAAAGUUAAUUCAAUCUCAAGCAGGAGCUCUUGAUAAAUUUUUAAUAAAAGAACCAGAAGUUCCAAAUGAAAGUCAUGUUGAAAAUGAUAAUGUUGAUAAUGUGCUUAUUGAAAAUGAUAAUAUUGAUAGUAUGCCCAUUGAAAAUGUUGAUCGUGUGCCCAUUGAAAAUGAUAAUAUUGAUAAUGUGCCCAUUGAUGAUGAAGUCAAUAAUGAUGAUGAUAAUCUUGAAGAAGUUAAUAAUGAUGAUGAUAAUGUUGAUUAUGAUAUAUUUGAUCAAAGAAAUUGGAAUCGCCUUCAACCUAAAUUGAUUGAUUUAUUAGUUGCGAAAGAUCCUAAAAGAGAUAAUUCCAUUAUGAAGGGUCCUAAAGAUAGUUUGAAUAGACGUUUUACAGCUAAUUUGUAUACUAGAGCUUUAGUAAAUGGAGAGAUUUGUGAUAGAGAUUGA